AUGACAACGAACGCAGGACAAAGACGCAGGACAAGCGGACCAAACAAACGACGCAGGACACGACGGCAGGACAACUACGCAAACAACGACGGCAGGACAAACGACGCAGGACAACGACGCAAACAACGAGCGCAGGAACAACGACGGACAACGACGCGGGAACAACGACGCAGGACAAACGACGCAGGACAACGACGCAGGGACAACGACGCGGACAACGACCCCAGACAUACGACGCAACAAACGACGCAGGACAACGAGCGAAAAACGACGCAGGGGAAACAGAUAGUGACAUGCGGUGCUAACGACCAGGACAACGACCAGGACAACGACGCAGGACACGCGACGCAGGCGCAACGACGCAGACAACGACCGCAGGACAACGACCGCAGGACAAGACGCAGGAACAACGACGCAGGACAACGAACGCAGGACAACGACGCAACAACAACGCAGGACAAACGACGUAGGACAACGACGCAAACAAGCGACACAGGACCCGACGCGCAGACAACGGACGCCAAACAACGACCCAGGACAACGACGCAGGACAACGACGCAGGACAAACGACGUGCAGGACAAACUGUGACGCAGGACAACGCGCAGACAACGACGCAGGACAACGCCGCAGGACAACGAAACGGGGCAGAAACAAACACAACAAACGACGCAGGACAACGCGUAAGGGACAAAACGACGCAAGGACAACGACGCAAAGACACGACGCAGGCACAAACGACGCUAAACAACGACCCGUACACGACGAAGGACAAGCGACAGGACAACGACGCAGGACAACGACGACGCAAACAAUGACGCAGGACAACGACGCAGGACAACGACACAAACAACGACGCAGGACAACGACGCAGGACAACACGCAAAACAACGACGCAAUACAACGACAGCAAACAACGACUGUCAGGACAACGACGAGACAAAUCGACGCCAACAACGACGCAGGACAACAACGCAGACAACGACGCGAGGACUAA